UCCAAAGGAAAAGGUUAGACACAAUUGAAAGGAAGGGGGAGGAGGAGCGCCGCUGCUUGCCGUGGUAAAAGCAGUACAGAGCUCAGUGUGCGCACUGGCAGCAUGGCAGGAGACAGAGACGGCAAGUUGGACAAUCAAGCCCAAAAUGAGCAUGUUGUCAGGCAACCUUUCCUCAUCGGGGUAGCCGGCGGCACUGCCAGCGGCAAGUCAUCAGUUUGUGGGAAGAUUAUGGAGCUUCUUGGUCAGAAUAAGAUCGAUCAUCAUCAGAGGCAGGUGGUCAUCCUCAGCCAGGAUAGUUUCUACAGGGUACUGACCCCAGAACAGAAGGCCAAGGCUCUAAAAGGACAAUUUAACUUUGACCACCCAGAUGCGUUUGAUAAUGAGCUGAUAGUCAAAACCCUCUGUGAUAUCAUGGAGGGAAGAACUGUCCAGAUUCCCGUCUACGACUUUGUUACCCACUCAAGGAAAGAAGAGACGGUUACUGUUUACCCAGCAGAUGUAGUUUUAUUUGAAGGCAUUCUUAUGUUUUAUUCGCAAGAAAUCCGAGAUCUGUUUCAAAUGAAGCUGUUUGUGGAUACGGAUGCAGAUACACGUCUGUCACGCAGAGUCCUGAGAGACAUCAGUGAGAGAGGCCGUGACCUAGAGCAAGUGCUAAGCCAAUACAUAACUUUUGUUAAGCCUGCCUUCGAGGAGUUCUGUCUGCCAACAAAAAAGUAUGCUGAUGUGAUCAUUCCAAGGGGAGCUGAUAAUCUGGGUGGGAUUUUAAAUGUGUUUAUCCAAACUUUACCAUGUGUAGAAGAGAGGAGACAGAAAGGGUUUGUAAGUGUACAUAAAUGGCCUCGUAAACGGCAUCCCUCAGAGUCCAGCAGCAGGCCGCAUUGACCAGCCCUCCGUCAGGAUGUCGGGAAUGCAGGAGAGAAUGAAUAUGUGAUCGAUGGAUGCAAGAGAAAAGAAGGACUGCUUGUGUAUUCUGUUAAUUAGCCAACACUGCAUAAGACAAAACGAAUCAUCGAAAAAUUUCAAGAUUUUCAAAGACUGCCUUUUAUUUCAUUCUGCUUCUCCUUCUACUUCUCCUUUUUUUUUAGGUUUAUUUUUGGACUGGCUACACUUGAUGUUUUCGGAGUUAGAAAGAUAAAUGGAACUUCUAGUUCCGGAAUUGUUAAAGGUCAAAA